AUGUGGGGUGCAGCAGUUUCUACUCCUCCACAUUACCAUUACGUUCAAGGGCACACCGUCCCUAUACAGCAGCGUGGUCCAGCAGGUCCUAUUUUGUCUGGACCGAAUGUUAGACAUUUAAGGCCCCAGUCGUCAUACUCGCUUCCUCAUGGAAGCAAUGGACCCGGUCGUUGGAGUUGGUCUGGUAGCAACGCGUCUUCUUUUGAUCGCAGGCAGAUGAAGGCAGUGCCACCUCAGCCAGCCAGACCUGCACCAAAUCGACCGUCACAUAAUAGGCAUGGCGCGAACAAGGUCGACCCGGAGCUGAUCUUCACAAAACAAGAGAAGAUCGGCAAGGGUUCCUUCGGCGAGGUGUUCAAAGGGGUCGAUAAUAGGACGCAACAAGUUGUCGCUAUUAAAAUAAUCGACCUCGAAGAAGCCGAAGAUGAGAUCGAGGAUAUACAGCAGGAGAUUAUGGUGCUGUCCCAGUGUGACAGCCCAUAUGUCACCAAGUAUUAUGGAUCAUACUUAAAGGUAAGUUCUACUAUUAUUAUCGGUAAAGCAACGAUCACGGAUAUAAAUAAUGAACAAGUUUGA